UUCGUCUUCCGCGUCCACCCAGCUAGUUGCAACCCAGAAAUCUCCGGCGCAGCCCCAACCCUCUCGAGAAGCGAUCGAUCGCCCGCUGUGCGCGCCAUGUCGUCGCUCGCCGUCGGCCGCGGGCCGGAGAGUGAGCUGUACUGGCUCGGGGGCCUCUUCACGGCCGCGGAGCUCGCCGCCGCCGACCUGCUGCUAAAGCUACGCGGUGACGACGAUGAGGCGGCGGCGGCGUCCGCCGACACGUCAUCAUACUCGCGGCGGUUCCCGAGCUCCCGCCGCGAGGACCUCGCCGUGGUCGACCAGGAGACGGAGGAGGAGCGGGCCUUCGAGGACGCCGCGACGGCGUCUGCGGCCACGCCGUUCUCCUCGAGGCGGUCUGCGAGCUCGUGCUGCCAGGUCCCCGUGAAGGCCGAGGAGGAGCCUCGGCCGAUCCUCAAGGAGACGGCGCCGUCGCUGCUGGGGUCGAUGGAGCUCGACAGGAGGGCGAGGAAGAGGUACCGCCUGUUGUCUGAGUUGUACGCCGCCACGGCCCCGGUGACAUCAUCUUCCGCCUCCGCGGAGAAGAUACGGAAGGUACACGGCGACCACGGCGCCGGCACCGUCGAGUCGUCGGUGGACCAGGCGACGAGGAAUGGCGAGGGACUAGUAGCACAGAAGGGCUUCUAUGUAAUUACAACACCGUGAUCUUAGCGUUGUUUCGCCUCCUCAGCUAUACAGUACUUAGUACUCCCUCCGGUCCUUUUUACUCUGCAUAUUAGGUUUGUCUGAAGUCAAUCUCAUCCAACUUUGACCAAGUUUAUAUAAAAAAUUAUAGACAUUCACAUA